UUUUUUUCUUGCUCUAUGGAGCUUCAAACUAAACUAAUUUUUUAGACAAGUAUAGAUAUUCAAGUUUCGAAAUCGAAAAAGAUAUAAUUGUAGAAGUACAUUUGAAGAUUGUAAGAAUAACAUCUUCCCUAAAACCAACUGCAACUUUUCAAUAAUUUUUGUCGCAGUAUGCUUAAUAUUUGAGCCUUCACCGUAAUGAGCCUUCACCGUAGAAGCAAUGGGAUGGCAUUGGUUGUUGUGGUUGGGGGAUUUUUAAUAAUUGCAUAUGGCUAUUAUACUUUCUCUGAACUAAACCACCAACUGAGCAUAAAAGAUGAUAUUAUUAGCAGAAUCACGCAAAGAAAAAAUGAGAUUAAUAAUCAAUUAAAAGUUGUUUACACACAUACAACAAAAUUAGAACAGGCAUUAAAGAUAUCUAAAGAAAAGCACAAAGAAACAAAACUUGAACUUCUAACAAAACUGAAUGAAUUUGAUGCAAAUCUGACAAAAACUAAACAUGAAGCUCACAAUCGUUUUAAUGCCUUAGAUACAGACUAUAAAAUGUUAAAGGCAAAUUAUGAUGAAAUCCAAGAAAAUCAUGCUGCCCUUCAGCAACAAUAUGUUCGAUUAAGUGAGGACCAUAAGCAUGUUGCUAGUGAAGCAAAAUUAGAUUAUGAUAAAUUACGAGAUGCAAAAGAGGCAGAAUCAAUUAGUUUGCAAAAUCGAAUUCAAGAUCUUUUCAAUGGUAAGAUUUAUUAUCAAGAAAAAGCCAAACAAAAUCAAGAGUAUUAUGAAAACACAAUGAAAAAAUAUGAGGAAAUAAAAAAACUUUCACUGGAAUAUACAGACAGAAUAGAACAAUAUCAGCAAGAAAUUAAGAAUUUAAAAGAAAAUCUUCAUACAUGUCGUUUAAGUGGAUCUUUAACAAAUAGAAAUCAGAUAAUUGACUCAAAAAUACCUGACAUAUCCACAACACCACAUUAUGUAACAGAGGAAGAAACCUUAACUACGAAAGCGUUUGAUAUUUCUUCAGAUAAAGUUCAUCAUAACAGCUCUGUGCAAAGUACAACUAUUCCGAUUUUUAAUGAAACAGUUUCUUUUGUUGAAAAUGUUGUUAAUGUUUUCAACAAAGUACCUGCUCGCUUAGGUUUCUUUUUGAACAACAACAAUAAUAAUAAUAACAAUGAACACAUUUCUAUAGAAAAUACGCAUGGAAAUGAUCAAGAGGAUGACAAAAAGCCGAUAAGAUAUCAAUUAGAAAAUAAUGAAUUCAAAAAAGUAAGUCAGUAUGAAGUCAUUGAGAAUGAAUUUCAAAAUGUUUCAACUAUUACACCGCAACCGAUUUUUACUGAUACAACUUUUAAUAAAGUUAUAAGAGAUGAUGGCGAAAGUGAAAGUGAAAGAGAUACAGAACUUGAAAAAAAUGCGCAGCAAUUUUUAAAGCAGCAAAAAAAUCUAAGUUUAGCAAAAAAUACAAAAAUUAUCCGUGGUCAGCCUGCAGAGAGACACUCAAAAAGAGAAAAAAGAGAGAAAGAUAAGGAGAAUAAAAAAACAAUAUUAGGCAACAACAAUAAAAAAAUACCUAACAACAUAAUAGAAGCUCAAAAUGUUUAUAACAAUAAAUCAAAUGUUAUACUUGAAAACAAUAAUGCAUCAAACUUUGAAUUUCAGAAAAAUGUUGAUUCAGUAAGAAAAAAAGUAGAGUCAAGCAAGACAUAUAAUCCUGUUCAAAAACCAAAUUUUGAAAAAAAUUCCAAAGGUUUCUAUAAAUCUGACAUCUCUAACUCAGAUCUAAAUAAUGUAAAUGAUUUUAGAGAAUAUAAAUUCUCUUCUUUAGAGAAUAUAAAUUAUACAACUAUUAUUCCAGAUAAUAUCCACAAUCGUGUUAUUCCUCGUCAACAAAAUCAGUUACAACCCCUAAAGAAAUAUAAUAAAGAAAUUUUUUUAAACCCUCAAUCUAAUGAUAGACAAUUAAAGCCUCCUAAAAUUAUAGUUGACAAUAUUGGAGCUAAUGUAGAUGAUAAAAAUGUAGAUGAAAAAAAUGGAGCUGAUGGAGAUGAUAAAACUGUAGUUAAAAAUAUUGGAGCCAAUGAAGAUGAUAAAACUCUAGUUACUAAUAUUGGAGCUAAUGGAGAUGAUAAAACGGCAGUUAACAAUAUUGGAGCUAAAGGUGACGAUAAAACUGUAGUUAACAAUAUUGAAGCUGACGGAGAUGAUAAAACUGUUGUUAACAACAUUGGAGCUGAAGGAGAUGAUAAGCAAUUUACAGAAUACGUAAAUAUACAAAAUGAAAGAGAUAAAGUAGUUCAUGUCGAAGAUAAUCAAUUACAACCGCCGAAUUUAAUUAAAACUGAACCAAACAUUCAACCGGAUGGCAGACCUUUUCAAAAAUUGUUUGAUGUCAAUGUGCAAAAGAAAAAUGAUGUAAAAAAUAUAAAAGAUGUCACUCUAGAAGACGAUGAGCAUGGCGACCAAAAUCUUGAUAAUGUAAACAAGCCGGAUUAUCAAGAAGAAAAGCAAAUUAAAGCUGACAAUGCAAAAUUAGAUUCAAGUCUAAAAAACCACCAAGGUGAAGGAGUAGAGGGGUUUGAACAAAAACAGGUUAUAAACGAAGGACCCCCUGCAUUUAAUAACGCUGAGAAAGGAGAAGAAGAAAACGAAGAAGAGAAUGAAGAAGGCGUUGACGAAAAUGAGAAUAACAAAGAAAAAUGAUCAAAUAGAUAAAAUUUAAAAAAUUUAU